AGAAUCCAGAAGGAGGCUGCUAGACGAGGGGUGAAGGUCAGGAAUUUGUCUCUGAAACUUACAAUAUCGGAAGACGAUUUCUCUGAAUGUGAACAUUUUCUGGACUACAGUGAUUUGCCAUCUCCAAGCAAUUAUGUGACAGCCCUUACAAGUCCUGUCGACGCAUUUGGUGAAGAACAACAAUUGAAUGCUCAGAUGGUUCUUGACAAUCUACCUCCCUCGUAUCAGAAGUUUCUUGAGGGAGUAAUCGGUCUAACCUAUGACACCUCAGAACUGCAAACUAAAGUCAUGUCAUUAUUGACAAAGCCGUUAUGUCAUAUGAUAAAGGAAAGCAUGGAUCGCCUUCAUGCAUUCUUUAGCAUUUAUGAAAGUGUACAGAAGGAUUUGACUAAAAUUGGGUUGAAUAUUUUGAUAAGGUCCUUCAUGACAAAGGAGAGAAAUGUUGACACAGUGCAGUUGAAGCAAGGAGACAAAUGGCAGGUGGUAUGGAGUGAUGACGAGAAGGAGUUUGCCCUCAGUCAGAAGAUUGAAGCAGACCUGUUAGAUCCUAGAUUGUCCAAUCCACCUGAAACCUUGAUAUCCCAAGGGUGGUUAACCUUGACCUCUGGAGAAGGUCACGUGUACUGCAUCCCUGGGUCAGUGCGAAGGGCGUAUCUGCUUUGUUACUUCCUUCCUCGCAUGGUUGACAAGCUGCCAUUGACCCUGUUCUUGGACCCAAACUUUACACUUGAAUCUUCUGUUGAUUUCAGUCUGGUCACAUUUGUUGGCAUCUUUCUGGCCUAUACAGUGUGUUAUAGUGGACCAUUGCCAUGGUUACCUCGUUUACCCACCUCACUUCUGUACUUCCCUGAUGUUGCCCUGUUCCUGUCUUCUGUUAGGGCCAGUGAAACAUCUACAGAAGUCAAAGACAGUCUAAAAAUUGUCCUGCAGCAGUUCGAGUUUGAAUCUUUCCUCGCUCACCACAAGUCGUCUGAUGUGGACAGGCACUGGAGGACAUGGAAAACGGUUGCAGCAAACUUUGGCCUUCAAAAGAUUGAGUUGGUCAACAAGUCCAAUCUUGACAGCAAGACUUUUGAAGAGGGUAUGCUGGUUUUGAAGGAGACACUGCAUGUUGGAAAGCGUAAUGUUAUAUCUCUUUCUUCCAAAACAUCUGAUUAUAACUUCCAGCUUGCUUUCAGAUGUGUGGCUCUCCUUGACCUCCUACAACCCAUGGAACGUCGAGAUAUUUCGUCAGUCUGGAGAGCAGAUAGUGCUAAUACUGUUGUGGCACGUAGUGGGGAAUUGCAAUUAGGGCAAUUAGGGGCAUCGCUAAAGGCUAUAGGGGACUUGCUAGGGGGAACCUUUUUGGAUAGCAUGCAAUCUGAAGAGGGGACAGCGGUAGAGUCUAUUGGAAAAUUGGAUGAGGGGAAAACUGUAGACGAAAGUGAUCCAAUGCCAACAAGUCAUGAACCUUUGAUCCAGCAAUAUUCAGGCUCUUCUGAAAAAGAUUCCAUUCUUGAGUCAGCUGGUUGCCUUCCUUUGGAUGCAGGUCUUACCAAAUGUUUCACCUCCACAAGAGCAUCGGACUGGUCGUUUAAGAUGGAUAUGUCAAACACAUCUCUGGACAAGGAGCAGGUAUCACUGCUGUGUACAUUCCUGCCUCAGUUUGAUCAUAUCACCAGUUACAUCUUUGACAACUCAGGUCUAGACACAUGCAGGGUAAAGCAAAUUAUAACAGCACUGAACCCAGCCAUAGUGAGGGGCCUGUCAUUAUUAGGCUGCUCAUUAAAUCUAGAUGAAGGAGAAAUAGGCUUGUUGAGAUUUCAUUACAUGGAAUCGUUGGAUUUAGAAAGUACAGGCUUGACAGAUAGCAUGAUGCCUGUUCUUGUCAAGGAAAUAGGAAACAUGGGCAAAUUGAAGGCUUUCAAUGUUGGCAGCAACAAAAUUUCACCAAGUGGAUUUGCAAUACUUUCAUCAGCUCUCAUAACCAAAUCACAUUUGAAAGCACUCAGAAUUCACAACAUCAAUUUGGGUGAUGUUGGAGGAUCCAUUCUUGGUCAGCUGGUGUUUGCUCUGAAGCACCUCGAGAUCCUUAGCAUCUGGGGGUGCAACAUAGGGGACGAAGGUGUCCGCAUCCUCUCAGAGCAGCUUCCAGUUCACGGGUCUCUGAAGAGACUGUCAAUGCGGAGCAACAACAUGACAAGCAGUUCGUCACCUGAGCUGUGCAAGAAGCUGUCCGCCUGCAGGAACAUACAGUUUUUCGACUGCAGCAGCACAAGUGGAGACACUGAGAAUCUCCCUGAGAAUCUCCUGAUCCUGUUCCAAUCUUCAUCUGCAUGGGACCAUGUCAGUUUAUGGGACUUUGACCUCGGUCAAAUACCAUUAUUCAACAAUCCGUCUGAUGUCCAAAAUCUGUCCAACGUUACUUUUCUCUGUCUGCAGAAGAAUAGCAUGUCCGAUGACAAGAUAAAGCAGCUAUCAACAUGCCUGUUUUUCUUCAGAUUCAUACAGCAUCUGAAUUUGAGGGAGAACAUGGUAGGGGAUGAGGGGGCGGAGGCUCUGGUCAGGGCCCUAGAGAACAAGGAACAUCUGGAGGAACUGUUGCUGGACUGGAACAUCUUUAGUCUAGUGGGAGGCAGGGCUUUGGUUCAGCUUGCUCUGGAGCUGGACAGCCUCAAGUCAUGUGACCUGUCUUAUAGCUUUCAGUUAGCUCCCCCAGAAAAACGAAGUUUGGCCCAGAUGGUAGGAAAUCCAGUUCCAGAGGAAGAUGGAGAUUUGUUCGUGGCACAGAGAGGCCAGCUUGUGUUAAAGAUAUAGUGUGGAGCAAAGAAACACAUCUGUAAGAUCGGUUGGUUGGUUUGUUGUUUAAUGCUGCACUCUUCAAUAUUCCAGCUGUCUGUAAAUAAUUGAGUCUGGACCAGACAAUCCAUUGAUCAACAGC